AUGAUUUCAUGGACAUCGCAGAGACAACAUUGUGUGUCAUUGUCAUCAACAGAGGCUGAAUAUAUUUCGGCCAGUGAAGCUGUCAAGGGGAUCUUGUGGAUUACAUGGUUGAUAACAAGCUUAUCAACAACAGGUGACAAACAACUGGUAUUAUUUAUAGAUAAUCAGAACGCUACUCGUUUAGUUAAAAAUCCGGAGUUUCAUAAGCGGACAAAACACAUAGACGUACGGUACCACUUCAUACGGGAGAAAUACGAAGAAGGACAAUUCCAACUACAGUACAUUGGAACAGAAGACCAGAUUGCGGACAUUCUAACCAAGCCUUUGGUUAAGGAACGAUUUGAGAAGUUGUGGUCAGCCAUAGGAGUGACUACAAUUAAAGAGAUUAUUAAUUGA